UAAAAAACAACCACAUACGAUCUUCAUCGUCUUGGUUGCUUGGAAUUCAUCCAUGAUGGGUCUACAGCUCCCAUCUGUGAUCUUGUUGCUUCUUUGCAUUUGCAGCAAUGCAUCUCAUAACAUGCAGGAUGUUCUGAGCAGGGACAGCUUCCCAAAAGGAUUUGUGUUUGGCGCUGCAUCCUCUGCUUAUCAGUAUGAAGGUGCAGCUAGAGAAGAUGGAAGACAACCCAGCAUUUGGGAUGUUUACGCGCAUAUCCCUGGCAAGAUAGUGGAUAAAAGCACAGCAGAUGUUGCCAGCGAUCAGUACCAUCGCUACAAGGAAGACAUUUCCUUGCUUCAUAGCUUGAAUGCAGAUGCAUACAGGCUCUCCAUUGCUUGGUCUCGCAUGUUUCCUGAUGGCACUCAGCACGUCAAUCCAAAGGCAAUCGCGCACUACAACGACGUUAUCGAUGCACUCCUUACCAAAGGCUUGAAACCAUAUGUGACACUCUUCCACUGGGACGUUCCCUACGCGCUGGAAAAAUCUUAUGGAGGAUUCUUGAGCCCCCAAAUUGUGUAUGACUUUGGAGUUUACGCGGAGGCAUGUUUCAAAGCAUUUGGCGACCGAGUCAAGGACUGGAUCACACUCAACGAGCCCCACGCUUUCGCUUUCUAUGGCUAUGGUGUCGGUCUGCUUGCUCCCGGAAGAUGCUCCCCGGAGAUUGGAAACUGUACGGGCGGUGACUCGUCGACGGAGCCGUACGUUGUCACUCACCAUUUGCUCCUCGCCCAUGCAAAAGCAACAGAGAUCUACACCAAACGUUACAAGGCUAGCCAGAAAGGCACAAUUGGUAUCACACUCGAUUCAAAAUGGCUGGAACCCGUGUCUAACUCCAAGAAAGACAAAGCUGCAGCAGAAAGAGCCAUGGAAUUCGAACUUGGAUGUAUGCUGCAUCCUGUCACGUAUGGAGAGUACCCACCAGCAAUGACCUCCAAAGCAGGAAGCAGGCUGCCAAAGUUCACAGCCGAGCAGAAGAAAUGGCUGAAGGGCUCGUGUGAUUUCAUUGGCAUCAAUCACUACUUCAGCGUCUACGUAAAAGACAAGCCAAAUAACAUUCGUGUUAAAGGAGACCUCCUCAGCUCGCCCCAAACAAUCUACCAAAAUGCUUACUACAAAGAUGUUGACUAUGCAUUUCUAGAUAGAAAGAAUGGCAAGCUGAUAGGGAGGAACGUCAAUAGUUUCUUUGUUGUUCCUUUUGGGAUCAGGAAGCUGAUGAGCUACAUCAAGGAUAAUUACCGUAAUCCUGUUAUAUAUAUCACUGAAAAUGGGAUCAGUGAUAUUACAAAUAGUUCAAAUACUUUAGCACAGCAGCUGGAUGAUCAGACCAGGAUCGACUAUUUAAAAGCGUACUUAACAAACCUUGUAGGAGCAAUACGGGAUGGAUGCCGUGUCCAAGCAUACUUCGUGUGGAGUUUCCUUGACAAUUGGGAAUGGAUAUCGGGAUUUACUGUGCGCAUGGGAAUUAUUCACAUUCAGUAUGACAACAAUCUAAAGCGCAUUCCCAAAAAAUCAGCCCACUGGUAUGCUAAGUUCCUUAAUAAGAAGCACUAAUCACAAGGCUAUCACAAGUACCCACGCCAGUACCUCCAAAAACGUGUAUUAUUACUAAGAUCCAAAGCUUUCAUGGAGGAAAUAAAGGAGGUCUAGAGGGCA